GGGUGACGGGUGUUGUCUGGCAAAGGCGUGAAGAAUUUCUGUGUGUUUCGCUGGAGCACCAGCGCUCCGCGGAAGUGAAGCGAACCGUGCAAGGAAGUGAGCAAACAGUACAAAGAACUGAACCACCGAAAAAAGCCAUGGCACGGCGCGGCCUAGUGCCGGAUAUUGACUGAUUCCGUCGACUUCAGUCCACGGCCCGUGGCUUCCGUUUCGUGUCCAUCCUAUCCGCGCCGAGACUCGGACCGGACCCCAUCCAGCGGGGGGAAUACACACGGUGCCCCUGCUAUCUUCCUGCUCGGUACCCCGUAGCGGCAUCCUCCAGCAGCCAGCCUAAUGGCGGGGCCGACUCCGAAGGUCCUGCGGAUGAGAGGGACCCUGUGCGCGGUACCACCGUUACUGCUGCUGAUGGUGGUGGUCCUCGCUGGCGUCAACUCGUACACGGUGCCGCGCGACACCGACAUCCUGCUGGCGGACGGGUUUUUCAAGCGCAUGAGGGACCUGUUCGCCGAACGAGCCUACGAGGACACGCUCAGCUCGGGCGGUGCGGCCGGUGGGCAAGAGAUGGCCGACGAGGCGGGUCCACCGGUUCCGGUCGAUAUGUCGCACCUGGAUAGUCCCCCGAAACCGAAGCUGGUAGAGGGCUGGCCGAAGGUGAAGCACACAUUCGGUCAGGUCACGGCCGUCGCCAUCGACCUGCAGGGGAAUCCGGUCAUCUUCCACCGUGCGAGUCGCACGUGGACCGCGGAGAGCUUCAACGAGAGCAACCACUACCAGCAGAUCGCGACCGGUCCGAUCCCGGAAAGCACGAUCGCGACACUGUCGGCCGCGGACGGUUCGGUGGUGGACGAGCGGGCGGCCGGGAUCUUCUACAUGCCCCACGGGCUCACGAUCGACCGGAACGGCAACAUGUGGCUCACGGAUGUGGCACUGCACCAGGUGUUCAAGUUCAUGCCGGGCCGGGACUAUCCGAGCAUCACGCUUGGCCGUCGCUUCGAGCCCGGCUCGUCCAAGAGCCACCUGUGCAAACCGACCGCGGUCGCCAUCGCCAGCACCGGCGAGAUCUUCGUGGCGGACGGGUACUGCAACAGCCGGCUCCUGAAGUACAAUGCGGCCGGCCGGCUGAUCCGCACGAUUCCGCAGCCGCCCGAGUUCCUGUCGCUACAGACCCCGCACGGGUUGGCGCUGCUCGAGCACCUGGACAUGGUUUGCGUGGCCGAUCGGGAGAACAUGCGCGUGGUGUGUCCGCGGGCCGGGCUCCAAUCGUCGUACGGUGAGGGUACGCAGGCGGCCACCAUCCAGGAGCCGGAUCUGGGCCGCGUGUUCGACGUGGCCGCCUACGGCGAUCUGGUGUACGCGGUGAACGGCCCAACCUCACCGAUGAUCCCGGUCCGCGGUUUCACCAUUGACCCGCGCUCGGAAACCAUCAUCGAUCACUGGGGCAAGUUCGAGAACCCGCACUCGAUCACGUUCUGCCCGAACGGGUCGGCCAUGUACGUGACCGAGAUUGGCCCGAACCGGGUGUGGAAGUUCACGCUCAGCAUGUAAGGCGUCCCGGCGAAAGAUCGUCUCCCGGCCCCCCGACGGACCGGUCCCUUCCGGUGGUGUUAGCACGCGCGUUGCGGACGAUGCCCGAACGCCGACGUCUGCGUCGCGACGUCGCCGUGACCACAAGUUAGCCCUCGAAACACAGCAACCAGAACAGCAACCAACCAGACGCCAAGGAAGGCGCCCGCGACAAACGAGACCAGCGGCCAGAUCGAACACCAUCGGGCGGAUCGGUGCAGAGCGCGGCAAAGCGAUUGAAAGCACCGGGAAAGGACCGGUCCGUCAGGGCCACAUAGGGCCCAUCAACAAGUCAUCAGGACGCACGGAGUGCGCACAGACAGCUUUCCGCAGGACAGAUCGGGACGGUUCCCAACGCUUGCUAUCUCCAGCCGGCAAGGGUUGGUUUCCGGCCUGCCACUGAUCCAUGCGCAACAUUCAUCCCCAAAACCGUUGGUUCUUCACUUGGACGAACACUGACGGAGCAGCACGGAGAAAAGACCGAACUAAUAUAUCAACACGUAGACAGCAAAGAAUUAGCCACCACCCUAAGCGUAGACACCUAGUGAGCCGUACAUAACAGUUUAUGUAGCGUAAAAAACGUAUGCGCAUAAUAUCGUCAAUUUUUCGCUACAUUUUGAGGCAAUUCUUCAACGCCAAUGGUAAACUACUUGCACCGACGGCAACUGACGGCAGCAAUGGCUGAAUGAAAAACACUUAGAAUCGUCAACUAUCAUGAACCAAUCUAUAGAUCAAAUAGUGAUUUAUACAUCGGCACACCGCACACAUGCAAUUUUCUGAGUACAGGCUUUUAUAUUUGUACGAGCGUCGUGACGAUGAUUGAUAAGCACAUGUUGGCCGCAUUUUGCGGAACGGUGAAGCGAUGCACUAGCAAAAGCAAAAGCACCGACACUAGUGGCACACGCGUCCGGGAUCCUUUGAAGAGCCUUGCCGCGCUACGAGCGGUGGCCAUGGACGAGGGCGAGGAAGUAGCAACAAUAAUAAUAUUAAUCAUAUGAACGGUAUUGUUAAGAUAACCUGACCCCCCACUUCAGACCAGUACGCAUCCUUAAAGCCACAUUUGGAGACAGUCCCCGAAAAUUGGGUGAGAUUCCCCACAGAAAUGAAACUAUUUCAAGGAAAACCCAACAAUAAAGCGUGCACGUGUGCAUAGAGCAAAUAUUUUUUAUCUUUAUAUAAUAGAAACAUGUAACUCACACCAAGCAUAUUACCGCGAAGAGAAGAUGAAACGAAUAGCAACGUUGAUGAUACUAAUCUAUCAGUAGCCGCAAUCAGUUAAGCUAAUCAGUUAGGGCCAGUUUCUCGUGGUGGUGAAAAACACACGAGAGGGAACACUUUCUUAUACCGUAGAUUGUUGCGGCUAAGGUCGCGUGUAGUAGAGAGUUGCGCAAAACAGUAGAGAGCCAACCGCACACACCACCAGCAAAAAGGCGCUAUGGAUUCCAGAGAUAUGCCGUUAAUAUUAAUAUCGACACAUAACCAGCAAAUCGCGCAAUGAGUAGUACACCUUUCUACGGGCAACAUAUUUUUAUACGAAGGUAGAAUAAUUGCAAACAUUUUCGAAAGGAAAACGUUUACGGAAGUGGCAGAAAAAGUGAAAUAAUCAAACACACACACAGUCAGACACAAACGGAACCGAGGCGGACAAUCGACGAGGAUUGUACCGGGCGCACGCUAACAUCACGUGCGAGGAAUUGAGGUAGAUCAUUUUACAAAGUUUUGUACAUCAGCCCAGGGCCGCUGGUAGCGGCGAGGGCGCCAUCUUUUCGCACUGUGUAUUCGUACCGAGUUCCUACACUCUCGUUUUGAGUACUGUGCAUUGAGUUUUCCUGGGUUUUCACCAAACAUUAUACACAAGCAACCGUUUUCCAAACACUUUAUAUCUUCCCAAUUGUAGCGCCAAUUUCGGUAGGCAGAAUAUAUAGAUAUAUUUAACCAUCCCCCACUGGAGCAUACCAAACAUUUGGGAACAAAAGUACUAACAACAGAGAUAGUGAAACAGAAACAAAAGUUAUGGUUUCCCCUUGCGUGCGGACGCAUCUAAAGGCGCGACGUGGCAAGUGUUUUAGUGAAUUUAUGAGCAAGAGAAACAAAUUAAUCCACUUAUUAGCGAUUGAAUUGAAUAUAUCUACCGUAACGUCUAUGUCAUCACUACCAUCCCCAAUUAUUGCAUGUAACACUAUAAAAUAUACGUACUAUACGUGCUGCGAUAAAGGAGAUAAACCAUAUUACGCAUAUUAUCCGUACCGUAUAGCAAACACAAACAUAUACAAACAAAUAUAUAUAUAUGAACACAUGGCAACAAUAACCUUCGAAUUGUUGGGGAAUUUUGAUAGCUGAACCGACACCAAUACUGCUUGCGGCGUUCGAAGGUCUUUACACUAGGGUUCCGUUUUCACACUUUCUGGCUCGUUGAUAGAACGACCUACUAGAUGAAAAUGCUACAGAAAUAAAUACUUGUUUUCACCAUUCGCCACCACAGCCGGUCGAAACGCUUCCAUACCAAGCGCUCCACGAAGCGAGCCGCAACAAUGGACGCUGGAACGUCCUGGUGGCGGGGAGGUGAAAGGACGAUAAAGAAGAGUGUCCUACUCCGGCAUUUGAAAAAAAGACAAGCGACAAACAAGCACACACCAGAAUUUCCUAGCUUCUUUACCACACAAACACCUUACCUUUAUAC